AUAAGAAGAAGCACAGUAAUAGCCAAUUAUUUAAUUUGCGGUCUAUCGAUAGGGUAGAAGUGUAGUGAGGUGUUUGGAACAUUAUAUAUACACAAAUUAAGUAUAUACGUAUCAUCCUCGUGCUCUCUCACCCUUGAUGUUUAAAGUUCUCACAAGGUCGUGUAAUCUACUACUAGCCCAAACCAUCAAACAUUCCACCUGCACUACAGUUAACCUCUACAGUACAAUCGCAGCUGGUGCAUUAACAAGAUUAAAAAUGUCGGAAGAAAAACCAAAAAUUGUAUUUGUAUUGGGUGGUCCAGGCGCUGGUAAAGGUACACAGUGUGCAAAAAUUGUAGACCGUUUCGGUUUUGUCCAUCUCUCGGCUGGUGAUUUGUUGAGGGAGGAAAGGGCUCGUGAAGGUUCUGAAGUUGGUGCACUGAUUGAAGAUUAUAUACGCAAUGGAAAGAUUGUACCGGUAGAGGUGACGUGUUCACUUUUGGAGGCUGCAAUGAAUAAAUCAGAUAAAAACAAGUUCCUCAUUGAUGGUUUCCCUCGCAACCAAGAUAAUUUGGAUGGCUGGAAUCGCCAAAUGUCCGAAAAGGUCGAUUUCCAAUUUGUGCUCUUCUUUAAUUGUUCCGAAGACGUGUGCGUCGACCGUUGCCUGAGCAGAGGAAAGAGUGGUUCGGGACGUUCGGAUGAUAACAUGGAAAGUUUGAAGAAGCGCAUCCAAACCUACAACAAUGAUUCCCUGCCCAUAAUAAAGCAUUUCGAAGAACUUGGCAAGGUUAAACAAAUCGACGCCAGUCCCUCGUCCGAUGAAGUAUUCUCUAAAGUGGAAGAGGUGUUUGUACAAAGUGGCUUUUAAUUUUGUGCAGGCAACGUUUCGUGUCGCUACAUACCUGCAUGACGUUGUAUAUCUGUUUAAUUAUUGCCGAUUUGCUUAGAUUUUGUGUCCUUGUAAUAUUUAAUGUUAGUUCAAACGUAAUGGAGACGGUAACAAUUAUUUAUCGAGUGAAAUUAUUGUGGAUUUAAAAGAAUAAAAUUAAUGCUAAGCUCAAUGCUCUAUUAUCAAUUGAAAA